AUGACAAUCACGGGAUGCCGUAUACCCCUAUUCAGAAAACCCCCCCUUGUUUGGCCUACAAAAAUUAUAACGGACCAGUAUGCAACCAAAAUUUCUCCUGCCAUGACACAAGUAAUUCUCGAACUAGUGGAUCAAAAUAUUCUUCAAGAAGUCCGGGCAAAAUCUCCAAGUUUCAUCUCCAAACUUUUUCUCCGGAAGAAAAGCGAUGGAUCGAUGCGCCCAAUAUUCGAUCUCCGGGAACUAAACAAAUAUGUAAAAACAAAACACUUUCACUUGAUUUCCCAUACAGAUGUGCCAGACUUUCUCCAACCUGGAGACUGGAUGAUAAAGAUCGACAUUUCGCAGGCUUAUUUUCAUGUCCCUAUGGCAAAAUCACACAGACCCUUCCUCAGAAUCAGUUAUCAGAACCGUAUUUACGAGAUGACGUGCCUACCUUUCGGUCUAGCUUCUGCUCCGCACCUUUUUUCUUCCAUCACAUGCUGGGUCGCGGAGACCCUGCGUGCGAAAGAUUGUCGAGUGCUAGUCUAUCUAGACGACUUUCUUCUGGUGCACCAAGACCGAACCAAGUUAAGUCUUCAGGCCGCGGAGGCCGUGAGACACUUGGAAGUGUUGGGUUGGAAAGUGAAUUUCCAGAAAUCGGUCCUAACUCCAACACAAGACUUGGAAUAUUUAGGGAUACGAUGGCUAACGGCCAAGAACAAAAUGGUCUUACCAAAUCAGAAAAUAAAAUGCAUCAACAGCGCCCUAGAACAGAUUAUGCAAAAGCCACACAUGAGUCUACGACAAUUACAAACAAUUUUGGGGCAGCUGAACUUUGCCAACUUUGUAAUUCCACGGGGCAGACUACACUGUCGCAAUUCCCAAAUAUUCUUGCGACGCUUCGACAAGAAACUACCCCGUCAAGUGCAACGUAUCCCUCAGAAUGUUUAUCGAGAGAUGGUGUGGUGGCGCGGAGCCACACAUCACUCGUUACCGAUACACAAAAAACCAGCUACCCACUUCCUUGCAACGGAUGCCUCAGACGUGGGUUGGGGCGCUCAACUGGAUGGGAAAGUGAUGUCAGGGAGCUGGUCACUCUACCAAAGGAGGUGGCACAGCAACAAAAAAGAAUUAUUCGCCGUUUUUGCGGCUAUCAAAAUGAACUCAAAAAUAUUAGUAAAGUCACAUGUACUGAUCCAAUCCGACAAUCGAACACUGAUAGCGUAUAUCCGGAAAGAAGGCGGAACCAAAUCUUUAGCGUUGCUGGAACUGACAUUCAAACUUCUCCAACUAGCGGACAAAUUCAAAAUAACGCUGUCAGCAUAUUACCUCCCGGGGAGGUACAACAUAAUCGCGGACAGAUUAUCUCGAGGAAAACAUCCGGCAGAAUGGCACCUGAUAGCCGAUGCGACAGCGGAAGUCUUCCAAAAAUGGGGGUAUCCCGAAAUAGAUCUGUUCGCGUCAAAAAAUACAGCUGUUGUACGAAACUACGUAUCAAUAGACUGCAAAGAUCGAUCGGCAUGUUAUACAGACGCCUUCAGCAAACCUUGGAAUUACCGGGUUGCCUGGGUUUUUCCACCUCCCAGCCUAUUACCCAGAGUGUUAGCUCAUCUGAACAACGCCAAGGGAACUUAUCUUGUAGUGGCCCCAGACUGGCCUCAGGUGUUCUGGCUACAAGACCUGAAAUCGAGGGCACUAGAGCCACCGCACGAGCUACAGAACCUCUCGGAAGUGCUCAUAGAUAUGACAACAUCGCAACCUCCUCCACAAGUGCAAACAUUAGCCCUGAAGGUCUGGAAAAUUGGGGGUGGGGCGAACAAAUAA